AUGUGUGGUGGAGACAUUCCAAUCGUUGGAGAACAGGCUGAGGCCGUUCCAGCAAGUAUUCCAAACACCUUCCAAACUGCUGACGCUCAUUGCCAUCCAACGGAUACGUUGGCAUCGUUGAAAAACAUUUCAUCACAAAACACGACGUUUAUGUGCUGUAUGAGCACCAGUUUUCAUGACUUGGAUCACGUCGCAUCGCUCUACCGAGAACAUCCAACAAAAGUUGUCCCCGCUUUUGGCUUUCAUCCUUGGAAGUACAAUGAGAUUGCUAGUACAGCUGAAGUAAUGACUCCAGAACAAGCUUUGGAGGCCUUCUCGCCUGAAGACGCUGAUUUGGCAGCCAAGUUGAUCGAAAAUCAGCGACCGCUUCAGGAAUGGACGACCAUACUCACUGAGUAUUUGACGAGUCAUCCUAAAGCUAUUAUGGGCGAGGUUGGGAUGGACAGAGCUGCAUCGUUACCAAAUACCAACUUUAGACUCAAACUCAAUCAAGAGCAUCAGUCAAAAAUCUUUGAGGCUCAGCUUCGGAUUGCAGGAAGAUUGAAGAGGCCUGUUUCUUGUCAUUGUGUUCGUGCCCAUGGCUUGAUGAUCAAUAUGUUUAAACGAAUUGGCAAGGAAUCUAUCGAAGAGUUUCCACCGGCUAUAUGUAUGCACUCGUACAACGGAGAGCCUGAUACAAUAAAAACGCUGCUGAAGAUUCCAAAAAUUGGGAAUCGAAUCUACGUUUCAUUUUCAACCGUCAUCAACGGAGGAAAAUCUGAAAAGCUAGAGAAACGCAUCAGGGCUGUUCCAGAAGACAGGCUGCUCAUUGAGUCAGAUUACAACACGAUGGACGCCAUUGAUUUGCAAAUUGCCCAGAUAGCUCAUGUAGUUGCUGAAGCUCGAGGUUGGACGCUUGAAGAGACAUGUGUGAAAACAUUUCAAAACUUUUUGAGGUUUUCCAAUGUUGACUAA